AUGUAAAAAUAAAUAUGCUAUUUCAAUACACCUUCAACUUAAUGCACUGCAAGAUCUCCAGAAAAAGACUAUACAACAUACUCUUUUUAAAAAGUGCUUUAUUAAUCUUAAUUUUUAGUAGAACAAUGAUUACAACUACAAUAAAUUUAGUGAUUCUAAAGGAUAGAUAUAAUAAAUUAUACCUCAUGUAUAAAAAUAAUAAACGGAUUAUCUAAUUCCUUAUUAAAACAUUACUCCUUAAGAUCAAAAUCAUUAUUAUACUAAUGAUUCCUUAUCAAAUAUUCAUGAUAAUAUAAAGUUAAUCACAUAAUAAUUUGAAGAGAAAUCUAAUGAAUUGAAAAUAGAAUAAUAAAAGCGUCUUGAUAUUGAGAUUAAGUUUGCAUAAUUACAAUAAAACAAUUAAUUGUAUAUGAAAUAUCAAUUAAUGUAGAUUAGAAGAAGAAUUGAGUAAAUAGAAAUAAUUAUGUAAACAAAUGGAAAAUUUCAAUAAGGAAUUGGAUAACAAAUUCUAAAUUCAAUUUAACACUACUUAGAGCAACUCCUCAUAAUAGGAUGAAAAUAUAUUCAAUAUAAUUAAGUAAAAAGAAUAAGAAAUAUAAGAAUUAAAAUAAUUAUUAGCAAAUGAAAAAGAUCAAGAAUCAAUUAAAUAAGAUAGAUUAAUGAAAGAAUUUUAAAUUAUAUUUUAAAAACAAAAAACAUUAAAUCAAUAAAUGUUAUUAGAAAAUAUUUAAUUAUAAAAAGCACUUAAUAAUUAAACAAUAUCUUCAAAAUCUUAAUCCAAAUUAUUAGAUGAAUAAUAACUUAGAUAAAUAUUAUAAAAUUAUUACACUAUUAAUAAUGAAGAAUGUUUAUAAUAAAUACCUGUUGAUUAAUAUCUAUCAGCAAUUAAAAUACUAAAAGAAAUUACUUUAUCAGAAAACUCUAAUUAGAAACAGUAAAUCCAUCCAUAAAAAUAGAAUAAGAUUAUAAAUCAAUCACAUUUACAAGAAUUAAAAGAUAAAUAAGAAUAAUUAAUAGAAGAGAUUAAAAAGUAAAUGGAAAUAUUUAUUUAAUAAAAAGUAAAUUAUUUAUCAUUUAUAAGAAUACAUAACAAAAGGACAUAAUUUAAUUUAAAAAUGAAACUGAUGAAUUACAAAGAUAAUUGGAUUAAGUAGAGAAUUUGAUAUAAGAGAUGGAAUAGAAUCCAAAAUAACAACUUCUUAGAAAUAGUAAUGUUUCUUUUGAGAAUUAUAAUUUUGAAUGA